UAAAUGAAUUUCUUCUUUGCAGACAUGAAGCAGACGUUGGUGAUUAAAGAAGACGUUCUCUCUGAACACGAAGAAUGGAAUCUGAGUGUUAACCAGGAGAACAUUAAAGAAGAAGAGAAGCUGUGGAUAAGUUGGCAGAGGGAACAACGUCAGCAGCUGGAGGAGGCAGAUCUCAUCCAGUUUGGUUUCACUGCCAUCCCUGUGAAGACUGAAGAUGAUGAUGAAAAAUCAGAGUCAUCAAAACUUUAUCAAAGCCAAAGUGAUGAGAGCACAGAGGCUGAGCCUGCAGCCAGCAGCUCAUCUGUACACAGAACACUGACUGCAAAAGCUGAAGGAGAGGACGAUGGACAACCUCAACCAGCCACCAACUCAGGUCCAAACAGUCAUUUACAACCAGAUACCAUUAGUAGGAGUUCAGAUAGUUCAGAGACAGAGACUGAUGACAGUUAUAACUGGAAACAGACCAGAGAACGUGAGUCAGGUUUUCACUAUCAAAAAAAUAACAAUAUUGUUAGUUCAAGCAAGUGCACCAUUGCUGAGAAUCACUGUAGUUGCUCUAAAUAUGGAAAAGCAUGUAGUUACAUGAUCAACUCAGAGAAACACAAGGAGAGGCAAGCAAGACAAAAACCAUUUGGGUGUUCUGAGUGUGGCAAAAGAUUUGGACAAAAGAGCAGUCUGAAUACACACUUGAUAAAUCAUACAGGACAAAAACCAUUUGGCUGUUCUGUAUGUGGUAAAAGAUUUGGACAAAAGAGCAGUAUGAAUACACACUUAAUAAUUCAUACAGGACAAAAACAAUUUUGCUGUUUUGAAUGUGGUCAAAGAUUUGGACUAAAGAGCCAUCUGAACAGACACAUGAUAAUUCAUACAGGACAAAAACCAUUUGCUUGUUCUGAGUGUAAUCAAAGAUUUAGACAAAAGAGCCAUCUGAAGACUCACAUGAUAAUUCAUACAGGACAAAAAUCAUUUGGCUGUUCUGACUGUGGUCAAAGAUUUGGACAAAAGAGCAAUCUGACAAAACACAUGAGAAGUCAUACAGGACAAAAACCAUUUGGAUGUUCUGAGUGUGGUCAAAGAUUUGGACAAAAGAGCAAUCUGACAAAACAUAUGAGAAGUCAUACAGGACAAAAACCAUUUGGAUGUUCUGAGUGUGGCAAAAGAUUUGGACUAAAGAGCAUUCUCAACACACAUAUGAUAAUUCAUACAGGACAAAAGCCAUUUUGGUGUUGUAAGUGUGGUCAAAGAUUUAGACAAAAGAGCCAUCUGAAUAGACACAUGAUAGUUCAUACAGGGGAAAAAAUGGCUGCUCUCAUUGUGGAAAAACAUUUAGAACAAAAGGCAGUGUGAAGGUGAUGUGUUUAGAUGUUCAUGGUCAUUAUCCUGCCAACAAGGCAUUGCAGUAGUUGAGGUGUGACAUGGCGAGUCUGCAUCAGGAGUCCUGUUGCAUUCUGAGAUACUCUCUGAUUCACCAAGUGUAAAUUUAGAUGCUUGGGGAAAAUACGGACUUUUUGUGUGUGUUUGUUCCUGAAAGAUUUUGUUUUUGUUUGGUUCCUAUAAGCACUGUUUAUAAUUCUUCCUCACAGAAUUUUAAAAUGUUAAAUUGUGGCGAAAAUAGUGAAAUUAGCCGAAACAAGUUUUCUUCUUCCCUUUCCAACAGAUUUAAUUUAAUGAUUGUUUCAUUUUCUUCAUCUAAGCACUGUUUGUAAUGAAAUUAUAAAUUUUAAGACAAUAGGAACUUUAUGGUGAAAAUCACCCAUAGUGUUUCUUCUUUGAUUUUUUUUUUAAUUUUAUUAUUUUUUUUUUUUAUGGCUUUUGAUUCAAAUUAUUUUUUGAUUCAUUUAAGUACUUUGCACUUCU